AGAAAGUGGAGAAAAACAUGGUUUGCUAACGGAAUGUGAAUGUGGAACUGUCGUAACCAGCAGUGCAAAUUGUGUAGUGAUAGUUGAGAUAAUUAAACUGCUUUGCACAUUGCCUACGGUGUCCCCUCAAGGUUUUGGAAUUUAAAAGAGACAGGCCAAGGCCAUGCAAAACAAAUCGUAGCGAUGCACAUUUGUAGUUGCAUCUCUAUCAAUCAUCUGCACCAGGGCAGCAUCAGAAAGCUAUUGAAACAAGCGACCCAAUGGUGUGCCAGUGUUCGAUUCACACUCAAUUUGCUCCGGAUCAGAAUUGCAUUGGACAGAGGGAGUAGUGCUGUCUGUGGACGAAUGGCAAUCACCACCACCCUGAUCACAAACAAGCCCCAAUCAUGGUCAUUUGCUUGGUUACUAGGUAGUAGUUGUUGGUGCACAAAUUACAUUACACCAGUCGGGUGAAGGGCUUGGCAACAUAUACAGCUGGGGCCCUGUAUCCAACAGUGUCGCAGUCAGUGUCUAAAGACUGCACAGGCGAAUUGAAGAUAUUGGUGAAGUCUCUUAAUUGAGCAUGGCAUGAGGCUGUUGCUUCCUGAAAGAGGACACUUUCCACUGCAUGUGAUGGUAAUCAGCCUAAGCAAACAACAGUAAACAAAAGAGUUUUAACAAAACUAAACCACUAUGGACCAUUAUCGCAAGUUGUGAUCAUUCUUUCUGGAACAGUGGGGCAAUCUUUUCCGGGCCCCUAAAAUUGUAAAAUAGCUACAAGAAAAGAAAGUAAAUAAUAAUACAAUCAGUACUGAUGAAAAAAAAGGAUUUCAGCCGUCUCGAUCUUUCAAAUCGUCUUGUUGUCUCGUGUCGCUUGGUAAGGGAAUCAUUGAAAACAAACCAAUUUAUUGCAUCACCUUGUUUUGUUUCCUGAUCGCAAUCCUUGUUUUGCUCGCGAUCAUCAUCAUCAUGAAAGCAUUCUUCUGUAUGAUGACCCCCUGGUUAGUUUGUUGUUUACUAAACGAUCCUCUCCGGUUGAUCGAUCGCAUAGAUAGGAGGCUACGAUGUUAAUUCUGGUACUAUUGCUGAUCAUUCAAAGCCAUAAUAAUUUUUUCAGCAUUACAAACGAAACAAUAAGACACCACACAAAACACAUCCCGAUCACGUGUUGGUGUGUUUGCGAUUUUUGCAUAUUUUUUAGAGACGUUUUAAUGUAUUUUUUUACUGCAGCCUUGACCUGUUUCAGAAUGAUAGCAAUAUAUAGAGUAAUAUAUGUUUCUAUUACUAGUCCUUAUCGUUGGCGUUUAGCUGAACAUUGAUGAUCGCGUGACGUCUUCAUCUUGCACAACAACAUGUUAUUUUGUUGAUCCUCCAGACCCUUCUUAACCCUUCUCCGUCUACCACCAAGAACCAGUAUUUUGUUGUACGCUAGUUGCAAACAACUGGGACAUUCUAGUACGAAGUAAACCGGCAUAACUUUUUGCACUGAGUUGAUUUUUUUUUGCUUCAUUUAAUUCAUUUCCGCCUCUGUUGUUGAUCAAAAGGGGAUCGCUAAAUGCACGACAGACAAAGAGCAAUCGCAAGCUUUAGAACAAAACAAAGAGUUUUAAAAUUCGCAACUAUUAAAUACCACUCGGACAAUCGGAUUUAUCACCGGUAACAGCUGAACAGUUUUCUUAACAUAAAACUCGUUCAAGCAGAGCAACACGGUUGCGAACAAACAACAACUGUAUCAUGCGUCACACACUUCCUGUACAGCGCGUGCCACCAACACUUCAAACUGAAUUCCAUCUCUGCCAACGAAUGGUUUCAUGGGUGUAAAACUACGGCACAGUGCUACCUGUUUUUGAGAUGCAUCCAUUUAAACGCAUCGUCGAUCCCUUUGGCAGGCAUGUUGACCACCGCUCGCUCAAUGGAAACAACAACACCAUUACUUAAGAGCGUCAUCAUCUUUUCAUAAUUACCCUUAUCCUCUUACCGCUCCCGACAUGCUGCCCACUCGCCCUUAACUUUCCACCGCUGCAAUCAGCGCAAACAUUACUCUCGGACGCUCGUCUCCAACCGGCGCCUCCCAAAUACCAUCGUCUUGAGUCUGUCACGCGAAAACAUGCGCCAUCGGCAUCGUCCAGCGAUGGAGGUUUUAUGCUAUCAACCGGCAAAGCGUACCGUCACUAGUGAUCGAGGUGCGACAGUGUACGGUUCAGUAACAAGGAAGCACACGGGCGACACGAAUCUUGUUCAGUGUUGGUCCUUUAGUUUUUUUUCUGAUUUAAAAGUUGAUACUAUUAAGAGCUUGUCACUUUUUCGUUCAAUUUUAUUAAGUUUGGCAGUGUAAUUUUAAAAGUGAUUGAAGAGUGUCUCUUCAGCGAAUAGAUUUUACUAAACUCUAUCCGUUCUACAAAAUAUAACAACACCAAAAAGUGAUAAGCGGUACUUAGUCUUUCGAAAAUGAGUAAAUUCGGUUACCUUCAAAAUGGCAACGUACCGAACGGUGUUUCGAACGGUGCUCCUACAGCACAUUCGAACGGUCAUCAUCACCAAAAUGGACAUGCGAGCGUGAACCGGAAUGGUUACGAUUCGUUGCCGGCUGCUGAAACCUUCCAGCAGAAGGGAGCAACGAGCGGUCCCUUCCAUAUGCCACGCACCGAGCACGUUGGGUACACCUACGACACGCUGCAGGAAAUCGCAAAUUAUCUCCUGGCACGCACGGAACUCCGCCCGAAGGUUGGAAUCAUUUGUGGAUCCGGGUUGGGUACGCUGGCCGAUCAGCUGACCGAUGUGGAUAGCUUCGAUUAUGAGACGAUCCCACACUUCCCUGUCUCUACUGUGGCCGGUCAUGUUGGACGGCUUGUGUUCGGUUAUCUGGCCGGUGUACCGGUGAUGUGCAUGCAAGGCCGUUUCCAUCACUACGAAGGAUAUCCGCUCGCAAAGUGUUCCAUGCCCGUGCGUGUAAUGCAUCUGAUCGGUUGCACACAUCUGAUCGCUACCAAUGCAGCUGGUGGUGCAAAUCCCAAGUAUCGCGUUGGGGACAUCAUGCUCAUCAAGGAUCACAUCAAUCUGAUGGGAUUCGCCGGCAACAAUCCGCUGCAGGGACCGAACGAUGAACGCUUUGGACCACGGUUCUUCGGUAUGGCCAACACGUACGAUCCUAAGCUUAUCCAGACGGCUAAAGUGAUCGCUCGUCAAAUCGGCAUCGAGAAUGAGCUGCGGGAAGGCGUUUACACGUGUCUCGGUGGGCCCAACUUUGAAACGGUUGCCGAGGUGAAGAUGCUGGCCAUGCUCGGUGUCGAUGCUAUUGGUAUGUCGACCGUGCACGAAAUCAUCACGGCACGCCACUGCGGUAUGACGUGCCUUGCCUUCAGCCUCAUCACCAACAUGUGCACGAUGAGCUACGAAGAGGAGGAAGAGCACUGUCACGAUAGUAUUGUUGGGGUCGGCAAGAACCGGGAGAAGACACUAGGCGACUUUGUUAGCCGCAUCGUGAAGCAUAUUCACUACGAAACUAAGAAGUAGGUGUUUAGGUGUGAAAAUAAUGUAAAGCGUGUUCCGAAGUGAGAAAGUGCAAUGUCGGGAAACAAGGCGAAAAUGAUCGUAAAGUAGGUUUUUAACUCAAAAAGUAGCUGUAAGCGUCAAUUUUAAUUAGGUAAACCAAUUAUCGAUUUAGUUUUAGGUAAAGUAAACCUAAUCGUAAUAUAGAUAGAUAUAUGUAACUCCCAAGAACCUUAUAUGUGCUAUAGUAUAUAGAGAAAACGAUCAAAUUUUUACUACAAAAUAGGUCAUUUUUACAAGUUGUACCGACGAUCUGUGAGUAAUGCUUAAAAUAAACAAUUUUUUAUUAACAAA